AUGCUUGCUCUUAUUCCUCCCGUCUCCUCCAUCGGUGCCCUCGCCUUCCACCGCAGCCUCCCACUGCCGCUCCUACUGCGGGAUCCCCUACUGCGGCGGGCGCCUCCCCUCGCGCGCUCCCUCAUGGCCUUCUCCACCGAUCCGGCAGCGGUCGAAGAGAAGGUGGAAGCGGAGGACGAAGCCCUCCCCACGGCCGUCGCCGCUGCCGGCGCCGGAGAUUGGGGUGAUGUGAGGCACGAGGAGUGGCGGCGCUGGGGCACCUCCUCGCCGCUCCCGGCCGCGGUGGCCAGUGUAAUCCACGAGCUGCUCGAGAUGGAGGCCGCCGCCGGCGAGAAGAUGCGCUUCGGCGGCGUCGGCUCGAAGCUAAAGGGCAAUUUCAAGGACGUGGAGGACAAGAAGCACAGGGCUGUCUACGAGAGGCUCGCCGACUCUGACCAGAAGCUGCAGUACUUCUCCGCGCGGCAGAUUGGCUGCCGUUUGCUAGGGUGCAGAGGGUAUCUGUGCCAGAAGUGCUGGCUACCAACUGAAGACUGUAUGUGCACAAAUAUUGUUCCUUGCAAUCUUUGGAAGGGGAUGAAAUUCUGGCUAUAUAUGCACCCAAAGUUAUGCCUCUUUGGUAUCCAAGAGCAUGAGGAUAUCAUGUGGGAUGCAUUUCAGAGUUCAGGAAAGGGGAAGAUCUCAGUUCUAUAUCCAAACAAGAGUACCACCCCCAAGACAGUUAAAGACCUUGAAUUUGAUGGUUUGUCCUUGACAGCUGACCUUCAUGAGGAUGAACCUUUCAAUUUUGUUUUGCUUGAUGGUACCUGGAGUAAUUCUGCUGCGCUGUACAGAAGGCUGAAGGAGAGAUGGACUGCAAUAUGGGGAGAUGAAGAUAUACCUUGUAUCGCACUAUCUACACUUAGUGCCUCAGUGAUGCAUAAACUACGGCCACAGCCUGCGUGGGAUCGUACCUGCACUGCGGCAGCUGCAGCUGGCCUCCUCUGGGAGUUGAACUUGCGGCCUGAGCUCAGCGCAUUUGAGUUGGAAAAGCAAGCUGAGGCAGUGGAGUGCUCGUUAGAUAUCUUGCUGGAUGCUCUCACUGUCAGGCGGGCUUGCUGCCGCAGCAGCCACAGCGCUGCGCUGCUGCAGCAAGCAGUACCGAUCAGGCCAAUACGUCACAGCUACUCCCCAAACAAUCCCUCGCAUCCUCUGUUUCUAGUCGUACCCAAAAUGCUCCGCCUCGCGCGCGUGCGGCGUCCAGCCGCCGGCGCCGCCGUCUCGUCCAUCCGCCCAAUCCGGCCGCCUCCCGCGCCCUUCACAACCACCACUUCCACCACCGAUACAUCUUCGUCCACGGCCCCCGACCCGGACGGCGUGGCUGCGGACGUGGCCACCCUCCUUUCCCGCUGCUCCGGCGACUGGAAGCUCGCCAUCGCCGCCUCUGACAUCCCCUCCCGCCUCUCUCCCGCUGCCUUAUCCUCCCUUCUCCGCCGCCGCACCUCCUCCCCUCGCCUCCACCCCAAGCUCCUGCUGGAUUUCUUCUACUGGUCCCGCACCCGCCUCGCGCCGUCGGCACCGGCCCCCGACGCCUUCGCCCACCUCGCCGUCUCCCUCUGCGCCGCCGGCCUCUACCCUCAGGCCAGCGGGCUCCUCGACCAGAUGAUCUGCGCCUACCCCACCCCUCCCCUCGUCCUCAGCUCCGUCCACCGCGCGCUCUCUGGUUCCGACCAGGAACGCCGGCCUGUCGUCCUCGACGUGCUCGUCGACACCUACAAGAAGACCGGGAGGGUCCGGGAAAGCGCCGAGGUUGUCCUGCUGAUGAAAGAUCUCAGCUUGGCGCCCAGCCUUCGCUGCUGCAACGGGCUGCUCAAGGACCUGCUGCGCGCUGACGCCCUGGAUCUGCUCUGGAAGGUGCGCGGUUUCAUGGACGGCGCCGGGAUUUCGCCCGAUGUCUACACGUACUCGACGCUGAUCGAGGCGUACUGCAAGGUCCGGGACUUGGAGUCUGCCAAGGAGGUGGUUGAGGAAAUGCGUGAGACGGGAUGUAGCCUGAAUGUAGUGACCUACAAUACAUUGAUUGGUGGUCUGUGCAGAACUGGAGCCGUUGAAGAGGCGUUUGGAUACAAGAAGGAGAUGGAGGAUUAUGGGCUGGUUCCAGAUGGGUUCACUUAUGGCGCAAUCAUUAACGGUCUGUGCAAGCGUGGCAGUCCGGAUCAGGCAAAGUGCUUGCUGGACGAGAUGUCUUGUGCUGGGUUGAUGCCUAACGUGGUUGUUUAUUCAACUCUGAUUGAUGGGUUCAUGAGGCAGGGCAAUGCAGAUGAAGCUUUUAAGAUAGUCAAGGAGAUGUCUGCUGCUGGGGUGCAGCCGAACAAGAUCACCUAUGACAAUCUCAUCCGGGGUCUCUGUAAACUGGGGCAGAUGGGCAGGGCUUCCAGGAUUCUGAAGCAAAUGGCUAAGAUUGGUUAUAUGGCUGACACUAUGACUUAUAAUCUGAUCAUUGAAGGUCAUCUCCGACAGCAUAACAAAGAAGAAGCUUUUUCGCUGCUUAAUGAAAUGAGGAAGGGUGGUAUUUCACCUAAUGUAUACACUUACAGCAUAAUCAUCAACGGGCUAUGCCAAAUUGGUGAAUCAGAAAGAGCAAGUGGUCUCCUUGAGCAAAUGAUUGCAGAUGGUUUAAAGCCCAAUGCGUUUGUUUAUGCACCUCUUAUCUCAGGCUAUUGCAGGGAAGGUAGUUUCUCAUUGGCUUGUGAAACUCUCAAAAAGAUGACCAGGGCAAACUUAACCCCUGAUUUGUACUGCUACAAUUCUCUUAUAAUUGGACUGUCUAAGGUGGGAAAGAUGGAUGAAGCCAUAGAGUACUACGACCAGAUGCUGGAGAAAGGGUUUCAGCCUAAUGAAUUCACAUAUGAUGGUCUGAUUCAUGGCUAUAGUAUGACUGGGGAUCUAGAAAAGGCUGAACAGUUACUCCAUCAGAUGCGAAACAGUGGACUAAACCCCAAGGAUUUUAUCUAUGCCCACAUCCUAGAAGCUUACUUCAAAUCAGACAAUCUUGAAAAGGUUUCCUCUACUCUUGAAUCCAUGUUAGAAAAGGGGUUAAUGCCAGACAACCGUUUAUAUGGAAUCGUGAUUCACAAUCUGUCCAGCUCUGGACAUAUGCAAGCUGCUGUUAGUGUUCUCUCAGUGAUUGAGAAGAAUGGAUUAAUUCCUGAUUCGCUUAUAUACGGUUCCUUGAUAUCUGGUUUUUGCAAGGCAGCUGACAUGGAGAAAGCUGUUGGUCUUCUUGAUGAGAUGGCUAAAAAAGGUAUAGAGCCUGGUAUUUCAUGCUAUAAUGCCCUGAUCGAUGGGUUUUGUAAGUCUGAUGAUAUUUCUCAUGCCCGUAAUAUCUUCAAUAGCAUAUCACGUCAGGGAUUACUCCCAAAUUGUGUGACAUAUACAACUUUGAUGGAUGGAUACUGCAAAGCUGGUGAUAUCCGUGAUGCUAUUGAUCUGUAUAAUGAAAUGCUUACAGAUGGGGUAACUCCAGAUGCUUUUGUCUAUAGUGUGCUUGCUGCUGGCUGCUCAAACUCCGGAGACCUUCAACAAGCUCUGUUUAUAACUGAGGAAAUGAUUUUUCGGGGAUAUGCAAGUAUUUCUUCUUUCAACACCUUGGUCCAUGGCUUCUGUAAACGUGGAAAAUUACAGGAAACUGUGAAGUUUCUCCAUGUGAUGAUGGACAAAGACAUAGUACCUAGCCUGCUGACUGUUGAAAAUAUUGUGAGUGGACUCGGUGAGGCUGGGAAACUCAGUGAAGCGCACACAAUUUUUGUUGAGCUGCAACAGAAGAAUGCUUCACAUCGUGAUACAGAUCAUUUGUCCUCAUUGUUUACAGACAUGAUAAAUCAAGGACUAGUUCCUCUAGAUGUGAUACAUAACAUGAUCCAGUCUCAUUGCAAACAAGGCUAUUUGGAUAAGGCUUUGAUGCUACAUGAUGCUCUUGUUGCAAAAGGUGCUAUUGUGGGCUGCACAUCUUAUCUUGCUUUAUUAGAUGGCCUUUGCAGGAAGAGCAAACUGAUUGAAGCUUUAAAUUUGCUAAAAGAAAUGAAAGAGAUGGGUAUUUGUCCUUCUGAGGAUCAGUGCAUGACACUCUUAAAUAGUCUUCACUCAUCAGGAUUCAUCCAAGAAUACAAUAAAGUGUUUGAUACUAUGCUGUCUUACCAGUGGUUACAAAAGGAAAGCAAAUUCUGUAAUUCGGUUUGUAAUAGUCAGGAAGCUGUGAAUGCAGAAUAA